GCCGAGCAACCUCCUGGUCUUUACUUUACGAGUGGCAAUUUGACUUGUUCUGCUGCAUGUCUGGAGGGAUCGAGGAAAGUGUGGAGACGCCUCGGGGAUUAAGCAAUCGCCGCUUGAAAAGAAAAAAAGCCAAACAAAUAAACAAAACCCACCCACCCUAACAAACAUGAGGCUGCUGGAGAGAAUGAGGAAAGAAUGGUUCAUGAUCGGCAUAGUGCUGGCGAUCGCCGGAGCUAAGCUGGAGCCUUCCAUAGGGGUGAAUGGCGGACCACUGAAGCCAGAAAUAACUGUAUCCUACAUUGCUGUUGCAACAAUAUUCUUUAACAGUGGACUAUCACUAAAAACAGAGGAGCUGACCAGUGCUUUGGUGCAUAUAAAACUGCAUCUUUUUAUUCAGAUCUUUACACUUGCAUUCUUCCCAGCAGCAAUAUGGCUUUUUCUUCAGCUUUUAUCAAUCACACCCAUCAAUGAAUGGCUUUUAAAAGGUUUGCAGACAGUAGGUUGUAUGCCUCCCCCCGUGUCUUCUGCAGUGAUUUUAACCAAGGCAGUUGGUGGAAAUGAGGCAGCUGCGAUAUUUAAUUCAGCCUUUGGAAGUUUUUUGGGCAUCGUUGUGACACCCCUGCUACUGCUGCUUUUUCUUGGCUCAUCCUCUUCUGUGCCUUUCACAUCUAUUUUUUCUCAGCUUUUUAUGACUGUUGUGGUUCCUCUCGUUAUUGGACAGAUUGUCCGAAGAUUCAUCAAGGAUUGGCUUGAAAGAAAGAAACCUCCUUUUGGUGCUAUCAGCAGCUGUGUGCUCCUCAUGAUCAUCUACACAACAUUCUGUGACACGUUCUCUAACCCAAAUAUUGACCUGGAUAAAUUCAGCCUUGUUCUCAUACUGUUCAUAAUAUUUUCUAUUCAGCUGAGUUUUAUGCUUUUAACCUUCAUCUUUUCAACAAGGAAUAAUUCGGAUUUCACACCAGCAGAUACAGUGGCUAUCAUUUUCUGUUCUACACACAAAUCUCUCACAUUGGGAGUUCCAAUGCUGAAGAUUGUGUUUGCAGGCCACGAGUAUCUCUCUUUAAUAUCUGUGCCCUUGCUCAUCUACCACCCAGCCCAGAUCCUCCUGGGAAGUGUGUUGGUGCCAACAAUAAAGUCAUGGAUGGUGUCAAGGCAGAAGGGAGUGAAGCUGACGAGGCCGACAGUAUAACGAAGGAGACGCACUUUCUGUAG